AUGAUAAUGCAUAAAGAACAAGGUAACACCGAUAAGUUGGGUGUGCCAAACGAAAUGUUAUCACAGGAUAAUUUAUAUAAAGGAUAUUCUGGUCCUGUACAAUUUCGAAAAAAACUUGCACAAAAUGAUGCAGAUGAGAAAAAUGAUAUGUACAGAAAUAGGCGCAGUACUCAGCUAAGCAACCAAACACACAUGAUUUUAUGCGACAAUCAGAUUGGAAGUAACUGUCAGGGGGGGGGUAGUCAACAUGGUGAGUGUAAUGAGCGUACAAGGGAAAGCUACUACGAAGCAAAUGAUGAUGAAGCUCAGUAUGAUGACGAUGUUGAUGAAGCUCAGUAUGAUGACGAUGUUGAUGAAGCUCAGUACGAUGAUGAUGACAAUGGUAACAGUAGUGGUGGUGCCUUUAAAAAGGGUGUAUUUUCAAAAAGGUCAAAGAGGUUAAAAGAGGAAGUAGUCAUAGAUUUACCAAAAAGCAAUAUUAUAAAUAGUUUAACAACAUCGUUGUUGAAUAAAUUUAGCCCUGUGUGGAGAGAGUCAAGCAGAUCAAACCAAUGUUCAGAUAAAAAAAUGAAUGUCAACAAUGAUGGUAGUAAUUCUGAGAGCAUACCCAAUUUUUUGGGUAAAAAGAAUAUAGUAACUCGAGAAGAUAAAAAUAGCUACAAUUCUAUAACUAAUGGAGAACAACGAAAUAUAAAAAAUUCAAAAAACAAAAUAUUCAAUACUGAUGAUGAUUCACCUACCUAUGAGAAGAGAAACAAAAAGAGUACUGCUCAAAGGGGGAGACAUGUAUUUAGCAAACAGUCGAAGAACAAAACAGCUAAGCGAUUCAAUGUUUACGAAGCAGAGGGAUAUAUACCUAUGGAAAACGGAGGUGAUCCGAGCAAUGUCGAAUAUAAGAAUGAACAUAAAACUGGAAAAAACAAAAGCAAAAGCAAAAAUGUAAACAUGAACACAAACGUAAACAUGAACACAAACGUAAACAUGAACAAAAACGUAAACAUGAACAAAAACGUAAACGCAAACAGAAACAUAAAUGAAGACAUGUAUAGUAAUAGUAGCAUACAUUUGAAUAGAGAUGGACAUAGAAACGUGUAUUUUGCCGACCAGGGUGCUAAUAGCAGUGGUCCCUACAAUGACAAUUUGACAAAUGAUGACAACAUAUACAAUAACCAUCAGCCAUAUAAAAAGCAAAUACACUGUGACAAUAACAUGUAUUCAAAUGGUGUUCUUUAUAACGUUCAAGAUAAGGUUGAGUUCAUGCCAAACAUUGUAACAAGUGAAGUGGGCGAAACGAAAUUCACAAGCAUGGUUAAGAAUUACCCGUACGUGGAUACUAACUACAAUGACAAUAACAUGUUUGUAACUACAAGGCAGACACCAUUUUCCGAGGAGGUUCCUAUAUCCACUCUUCUGAAUCCAGCACACAGUCAUAUUGUCACGCGAAGUAGCAGUAACGGUAAUAGUAGUGUUAACGGUAUGGGCAACGUCAACAAUAACAGUAUUAGUUAUGCUGCCAAUUAUGGAAAUAAUUUCGUUCAGUUAGAUAUGCCGGAAAGACCUGGUAUCGCACCAGAGGCAUUCAUGUACACCCCUCAGACGAUUCAAAUGCCUCAAAUGUCUCAUACGCCUCUAAAACAAGUUUGUAUAAACGGUUCCCCCAAAAUUAUGGACGUACAAAAUAUUGUUCAGGUAAUACCACAUAGAAGAACAUCUUCCAAUUGUGUAAAAACAAAAAACAAAUUUUAUAACAGUUCACGUACAUCAAGUAAAAAAAAAGGGUUCUUCUGUAAUAGUAGUAGUUCUUCCAAAAAUUGUCUUAAACAACAAUCAACCAAAGAAUAUAAAACGGAAAUAUUGAUUUAUAAAAACAAAUCUCUAGAAGGUUUAAACAAAAAUGCAUUUCAUAAUAACGAUGUAAAUAUGAAUAAGCAAUUUCUACCCAAAUCUAACAAUGUUUUUAUUAGGACAAGAUCUUUUACUCCUCGUUCAUGUUUGAGCACUCAAAAUGGGAGUGUCUCCGCUCUGAAAGGGUUAAGUCUGAGGAGGAGGAAAUCCAUGCCCCAUUCUCAGAUAGAAGCACAUAUACGAGCAAAGGGAAAAUCAGAAGGAAAAUCUAAAUCGCAAUCACAAUUGGAACAGCAUGAACCUAUUUGUACACACGAAGUCUCUUACAGAUACCCUUUACAAAAUAACAAUACCCCUAAUGCGGUUACAGGCUUUACAACUGUAACCACAUCAUCAGCUGGGGCUGUAUACCCCAAUAACAUUUACAUGUCUUCAUAUGAUAACAGUAUACAUGAACAGAAAGGAAAAAAGUACAAUGAUGAGAUAAGAAAUUAUAUAACUAAAUGUUCUACUGAAGCUUCUAGUAAAUUAUCAGACAAGGAUUCAAACCCACCAUCAGAGGUAUCUUCAUUAAAUGAAAAAGUCAGGAAACUCAACAGCAGAGUAGAUGACAUCAGCAAGCAAAACAAAAACCUGGAUCAGCUAGCCAAGUUGUACAAGAGCGAGUGCAACCGGCUCCGAGAACAACUAGCAAAGAGCAAGCCUGGGGAAUAUAACCCCUCGAAAAUGAGCAAUUUAGACUAUGAAAGAGUAAACUUAAAAUUAGAAAGAGAAAAUGAAAAAUUAAGGAAUCAAAUGAAGAUUUUAGGAAAAACAAUUUUGUCUAGUCAUGAUCUGAAUGGUGUCAAGAAAGUACUUGCCAAGCAGAUAAUCAAUUUGAAUGAAGAAAAAGAAAAAUAUAAAAAUGAAAUUAAAUCGUUGAGAGAAAAGGAAAACAUAAAUCACAAGGUUCUGUUUAACCUCAACAGAGCAGACAUUUCAGCGGAUGCAAUUGAUAGCAUAUUUAUGCAGACAAAAAAUAUGAUCAUAGAGGGACAUGAGACCAUAAAUAUCUUCUACUUAAAUUUGAAAAACCUAAUUGAGGAAUUUUUUGAAAAGAUAAAAUUUCUUGUUGUGGAAAAUGAUUACACCAAAAAGGAGAAGCUUGUGUACGUCACAAGCCUUGAGGAAAUAAUCAAAGAAAAUUUCGAGGAGGUAGAUCAUUUCGAAACUCUCAUUUAUUACAUUUUUUCAUUUGUGCGUGUUUCAGUGUUUGUUGUAUACAUAGAUUACCCAUCUCGAGUUACAAAUCACAUCUUCAGCCUAGUUUUUCAAGUCAAUAUAUGCACCAGCACACUCGUGCACACAUGUACAAACUUGACUCUCCCCUACAUUCGUAUUUAUGCAUCUCGACAAAAUGCGCAGAUAAAACAAACAGUUGUCCGAAUAAAUAAUUUGAGAAAAAAGAUGAAGAACAUUAAAGCCCAUAUUUUUAACGUAAAAAGAAGAGACCCUCAUUGCUCCUGUAAACCGUCGAGAAUGAUAUUGGAAGAGGACAUCCAGCACCUGGAGGAGGAGUUACAUAAGCACUCUAUUAUGCUGAAAAAUUUAAGGAAAAAAAAUUUAUCUUUAUGUCUGAGUAACUUGCAUUCUCAGUUCAAUAAUGUGAGUUCUCCCAAUCGACCGUUCAAAUGCCUUGUAGCGAAACUUUCCAGUGUUUAUAAUCACUAUUACAACUGCUAUCACUACAGCUGCUAUCACUACAACUGCUAUCACUACAACUGCUAUCACGACAGCUGCUAUCACUGCAACUGCUAUCACUACAGCUGCUAUCACUACAGCUGCUAUCACUACAGCUGCUAUCACUACAACUGCUAUCACAACUACCAUUACUACUACUACUUCUACAAUUAUCAUGAAGCGCAAAAUGAGACUUACAUCCCAAGGGAUCAAGUUGAAAAAAACAAAAAAGGGAAUACUAUUAAUAAGAGAGAAGAAAAUGAAGAAGAAAAUGAAGAAGAAAAUGAAGAAGAAGGUGAAGAAGAGGAAGAAGAAGAAAAAGAAGAAGAAAGAUCAGCAACUGAUAAGAACAUAAACAAUAAUGAAAAGAUGGAAGUGAGUAACUUAUCAUUGAACGACAAAACUGGUGAGGUGUAUCAUGACAUGUUGCACGAAAAGAUCAAAGUUAUUGAAGAUCAGCUGCGCACCCUGAACGAACAUAUAAAUUGCAGCUUUUGUGAUGACAAGGACAAUGACAAAAAAGAGAGAAGUAAUGAAAAGGAUGUAGUUUUCGUCGAUAAGGUAAAAAAUAAUAUUAAGGGAGAUGACAUAUACUUUAAUAAUACCAACAAUGUAAGUGUGGAAAAAAAAAAAUUAAAUUAUAAAUUGUACACAAAAGAAGGAGGUUUACAAGCGCAGGAUGAACCAUCAUAUUCCUCUUCGUCUUGCUCAUCCUCAUCUGAUGAGAGUGGAAGUGAUAUAUCGGAAAGAAAUAGUUUGUCUAACGAAGUAGAAGUGGAAAGAAGCAAAAACAAAAUGAUUGAACUACUAGCACUGCUGAAAGGAAAACACAAUGAAAACUUAAUUGAAAACACAAAAAGUUAUGUUAACUCGUUUGGGCAAUAUAAAUUGCAAAAUAAAUACAACUUGAAACAGAUUUAUAAUAAUUUGAAAGCGAUAAGGAAUUCAAUCAAAAACACUGAGGACGAUACAGAAAGGAAUAUUUUGGCUCUAAUCGAAUCGCAGGCAAACGAAAUCAAAAUAUUUGGGAGUUGUGUUGACAAUUUAAAAAGUACUGUGGCACCGUGA